UCUUCAAGAUAUCAGAUAUCAGAUACCACAAUCUCGUAGCGCCUGAACCUGCUACAGCGCUUGACUCAAAUCAAUCAUGGCAGCAGACCCGAUAACGUCGUCUACUGUGGACGAACUGUUCGACUUCGGUUCAUCAGAUGACGAAGACCCCUUCAAGGACAAGAAAGCCCGCAAUGCCCGUGACAGCAAAACGACCCUGAGCCCUCGACCCACGAAACGCAAAGCUGAAGAUGUUGAAAAUCCCGGCGCAGACCUCGGCUUGGACGAGGAAGUCAAGAUCACUAAGAAACGGAAGCCCAUUGCCAAACUCGACGAAGCAAGACUGCUCUCUGCACCAGGCGUACCCAAACUACGUGCUCUCGUACGAUCUGGAAAUAUCUCCAAGAAACUGCGCCUAAAGGGCAAAGGGCAUGAAUUCAACGACGUCGCUAAACUUCUGAACUACUACCAACUAUGGCUGGACAAUUUAUAUCCACGAGCAAAGUUUGCAGACGGACUACAGCUUGUCGAGAAGGUCGGACACAGCAAACGUAUGCAGGUCAUGAGGAAAGAAUGGAUCGACGAAGGAAAGCCAGGAUAUCUCCAGGAACGGCUGAGGAGGAAAGAGGAAGAGAAAGAGAAAGAAAUUGACGAUCUGUACGCCGGCGACACACAUGCCUCUAGAGACGCGACGAACACAGUCCAGCCCGCCGAAGAAGACGAUUCUCUAUUCGUACCCGAUACGCGUGGAAGCAACAAGCUUGCAGCGAACGAAGACGUCCUGCCAGAAGACGACGAACUCGACGCGCUGCUCGCCGAGCAAGACAGCGCCGUUAGGGCUCCGCAACCCGCCUCGAAACCAGCAAUGGACCUGGACUCGGAGGGUGAGGACGAUCUCGACGCGCUACUAGCAGAGCAAGAGACUCGCAAGAACCCGCCGUCACCUUCAGCACAAAAUUCUGGUGCCAAAGCCCAACGUUCACCGUUCGACGAGGAGGACGACAUUGAAGAUAUGGAUGAUCUCGAUGCUCUUCUCGCAGAACAGGACUCCCGCGCAAACUCCAGCAUGACACAGCCCAAGUCUAACAAUCCGCCGCACACGUCUCCAGAGGACGAAGACAACGACUUGAUCCCUGAUGAUGACACCGACGACGGCCUUGACGUGGUCCUCGCCGACUAUGAAGCCACACACGCAAGCUCUCGGCCUCAAUCCUCCAGCGAAGCUCUCCCCGCACAUGCAUCGUCCACACACGCAGGGACGAGGAAUGCAGAGGCUCAUGUCGCUAGCGAACCCAACGAUGCAGCCGAGCAGGCUUUGGAACCUGAAAGCCAUGAGCACCCGCGCGAGAAUGCAGGUGGCGACGGCGAAGCGGAUUUGGAAGCAGGCGACAUGUUCUCAUCUUCACCUGUGCAGGAUGAGUGAAGACGAGAAGGCAUGAAUACAUUCUCCCAUCUUGCAUCUUUUCAACCAUACAGUAAGCGCUUAGCGAUCACGAUCACAAUUCGAGAAAAUCCUCAGG